ACCACUUUUUAACCUUGUACAGUUACACAAAAUGGCGGAAUGUCCAAUGGCUAUUGACACUAUGACUAAUAGUACGAUGAUGGUCGUGGCCAACUCUUCACUUGAGUCUGACAUUCAACAGCUAAAGUUCCUCGGAUAUGGCAUUAUUGGUUCAGUUGUGAUUGGACUGGGAAUUCUUGGAAAUAUGAUCAAUUUAAUAGUACUUACUAGGCCUAACCUUAAAGGUGUGACUUUCGUAUAUCUGUCGUGGUUAGCUACUUCGGACUUGAUGACCCUCUUGGUCAGCACCACUUCUUUACUUAGACUCCAUGGAGUUCAGCCACGCAGUUUUGCUGCAUCUUUGUAUUAUGCUUACGUGGAGUUAGCCCUAGUUAACGCCUUCAUGGCCAGCAGUGUUUUUCUGGUAGUGGCAUUGACCAUCGAUCGCUAUUUCUCUGUUUGUUUGCCCACCAGGUAUAAAGAAGUUCAUAACAAACGCAGAGCCAGGAGGGCUAUAAUAGUUGCUUACGUGUUAGCUUUUUGUAUCUACGUGCCCAUUUGUUUCCAGAAGAAACCCGUUGCAGUGCACACGGAAAGGAAUGAAACUAUCUAUAUCGCCUGUGAAAACCCCACCGUCUUCAACCACACUGGCUUCAGAUUCUAUCUACUGAUAAAGGAGAUCAUCGUGAGGAUUGGUCCAGUCAUUGUUCUGGCCAUCUUGAAUAUCGCCAUCAUCGUGGCUUUCAGAAGAAUGGUCCGCAAACGAAGAAGUCUUCUCAACAGCUCAAAUUCUAGUCAUUCGAACCAAAAAGAGAGCAGUAGAAAGUUAAUGGAAGAGCGCCGCCUGGUUGUAUUACUUGGAGGGAUUGUACUUUUGUUCUUUGUGUGCAUGACCCCAGCGGCAGUCUUAACUCUUUUAAACAGUGACCACAAAGAACUAGAAUUUGGCUUUCAGUUGUUUCGAGCGAUUGCCAACGUCUUGGAACUAGCAAACUUUGCCAUGAAUUUUUAUGUGUACUGUCUAUGUAGUUCCGAAAUUAGAACAACUUUUCUGAGAUUAUUUUGUUGUGUUGACGUCCAAUUCCCUGAACAAAACUGCGUCAAUCGACUUCAUAUGGAAAACAAUACUAAAAUGUAAAUACGAUUACUUAACUCGUUUAGCUGAUCUUGUGAAUGUAUGUCCUUGUUGCUUCGUGGUCGAACGUUCACUUUGUACAAGAAUAAAAUGUAUUUUAUUCCAUCUCAA